AUGAAUGUUCCACCAACAUCAGAAACAACAACAAUACUUGACGAACCGAUACGUCACUUAUCAUUAUCACAAGGAGAUGCUAAGAGAACAAGAACAACAAUAACAACAACAUCAAUAGACAGAGGAUCGAAUGAUGA